CGGUAUAUAAAAAUGUCACUGCUCGUAUUAUUAUCAUUGCUACUCGAUGUGUGAUUUGUAAGCAACUACGAUUGAAGAGUUGAUUUAAUUUUUUUUAGUAUUUAGGAAAGCUGACAAUGGAUGAUAUUUCCGAAGAUGGCUUCGAAACGGAAGAAAACUAUUAUGCGUAUUUGAAUAUAUCAAAAUCGGCUUCGGCUGAUGAAAUCAAUGCUGCUUACCGCAAUUUAAGUCGAAUUUAUCAUCCUGAUAAGCACAUUGAUGCUGUGAAGAAGAAAAAUGCGGAGAUUUUAUUUAACCGAAUUAAGAAGGCAUAUGAGGUCUUGUCUGAUCCACAUAAACGUGCCAUUUACGAUUCACUUGGAGUUAAGGGCUUACAAACAGAAGGAUGGGAAAUUGUGCAUCGAACCAAAACCCCCGCCGAAAUUCGGGAAGAAUUCGAGCGCCUGGCCCGUGAGCGAGAAGAACGAAAGCUACAGCAAAGAACCAAUCCAAAAGGAAAUAUCACGAUAAGUGUCAAUGCAACAGAAAUCUUCAAUCCAUAUGAUGAUGAUUUCGAGGAUAGAUCGUUUCCAAAUAUUGAAGUGUCUGGCAUGUCAAUAUCUCAAGCAAUUGAUGCACCAAUUACCACUAGAGAUACAAUUUCAAUGUCGGGCAGUUUAUCGUCACAAAAUGGAAACGCACAAGGUGGCUUCUUAAUAUGUGGACGCCGCUUAGUCAAUCAGGGUUGGUUUGAGUUUGUGGCAGGUGCGGGAAAUGGUCCAGUGGUCGGUGUAAAAGCGUCACGAAAUUUAACAAACAAAGUUUUUUGCAACGGUGAUUUCACGCUAAAUUUUCGCAAAAAUGGCAUCAUCCCUGGACUUGUAGGAACGCUUGCAGUUCAAUUAGACAAGCAUACAGUAGGUUAUCUCACGUACAAUGCGGGCCUUCAGUCAUCCAUGUCAUGUGUGCUCGAACGCAGUACCGAAAAGCAGCAUUUCUUAGUAACCUGCUCUGUCGGAAUACCUCAUUCAUUCAUUUCCUGUAGCUACACCAGGAAACUUAUUGACUACGAACUGAAAUUGCGACUAGCCGCGAAAGUUGGGACAUUCGGUUAUAUGGCAGAAUAUGGAGCUGAAAAGAAAGUUUCGAAGUACAGUUCCGUUGUUGCUAGUGUAUCCGUUGGACAGCCUACAGGAGUUAUCAUGAAAUUGAAAUUGAUUCGUUCAACGCAAUCAUAUAUCUUUCCAAUUCACCUGAGUGAGGAUAUUAUACCAGCGGCUGUAUUUUAUGCGACUGUGACACCACUCGUUGCAUGGUUUGUUGUGAAGAAAGUGAUUAUCGAACCAAUGAACGCCGAACAAAAGCAACGUGAUAUUGACAGAAUCAAGGAAACCAACAAAAAACGGAUGGCCGAAAAGAAGCGGGAGGCAGAAGCUGCUGUUGACUUGAUGUCCGUACAAUAUGAGCGAAACUAUAGUGAAGAAGAAAAACGGAAUGGGCUUCUUAUAGUAUCUGCCAUUUAUGGAAAAAUUGUUGACAAUUCCGAAAACAGCUCCGACAGCACCAAAAAUGGCAACCAAACAAUCGAUGUUAAAAUUCCGCUUCAGUGUUUGGUAAAAGACAGUAAGCUUGUUCUGCAGGAAUCCGGAAAGUCUGAAUUGCCGGGAUUCUAUGAUCCGUGUGUGGGUGAAGAGAAGUUAUUACAAAUUGAGUACACGUACAAUGGCCACAAUCAAAGCAUAAAAAUAAAGGAAAACGAACUGCUUCGGUUACCUCUGAGUUCAUCAUGAUCAAUCACAACUUUGCGAUAUAAUGCAUGCGAGGACGUGUGAAAUUCAACUAAAGCUCGUAUUCGUAUUCGCAGUUGUACCGUACAAAAUCAAUUUGUAGAAACAUUACAUGUAUUUAAUACGAUGCGAAAUUCCCCCACUACCUUUUCUUUAUUACUAGAACUAUUGUUAGAAUUUUACCAAUGAACAUUUAUUAUUACUGCAUACCAAGCUCAUGUACACAAUGCGAACAAAAAAGAAAUGUAAAAAUUCGGCACCAUCAGUUUUGCAAUGUCCAAAUCAGUAGUUGAAUAGAUGAUCGCUUUAUUACGGACAAAGUCUGAAGUAUUCGUAGAACGGAAAAUUGUUUAAACAAAAGCAACAAAAAUAAAGCAGUUUCAAACGCA